ACUGGUUAAAUGGAGUAGCGAGAGAAGUGAAUAGAAUCACCCCGAGAACAGUAUUAGCUCUGUACAAUCCUUCGAUUUUGUAGAGCUGAAGAGAGAAGAAGAGAAGGAGAAAUGGCGGAAAAAGCAUGGAAGUCGAGAGAAAGCGAAGAAGACGAAAAUGAUAAACAAAACAGUAUCAGCGUUCGUGGUAUGCAAUUCGCAUACGAAGGGCAGCCUCCUCUCUUCUACGAUUUCAAUCUCAACAUUCCUCCUGGAUCUCGCUGCCUACUUGUCGGCGCUAAUGGAUCCGGGAAGACCACUUUGUUGAAGAUUCUGGCUGGUAAGCAUAUGGUGGGAGGAAGAGAUGUAGUGCGAGUGCUAAAUCUUUCGGCUUUUCAUGACACUCAAUUAGUUUGUGGUGGUGAUUUGGCCUAUUUAGGUGGUUCUUGGACUAAAACCGUUGGAUCCGCUGGAGAGAUACCACUCCAGGGUGACUUCUCCGCGGAACAUAUGAUAUUUGGAGUUGAAGGAAUUGAUCCUGCUAGGAGAGAAAAGUUGAUUGACUUGCUUGAUAUUGAUCUACAAUGGCGCAUGCAUAAGGUAUCAGAUGGGCAGCGGCGUCGAGUCCAGAUUUGUAUGGGUCUUCUUGUCCCAUUUAAGGUUCUUUUACUCGAUGAGGUCACAGUUGACCUGGACGUUGUUGCCAGACUGGAUUUGCUCGAGUUCUUCAAGGAAGAAUGUGAACAGAGGGGAGCUACACUUGUGUAUGCAACUCAUAUAUUUGAUGGGUUGGAAACAUGGGCAACACAUCUGGCUUACAUCCAGGAUGGUGAACUGAGGAGGUCUGAGAAGUUAACGGAGGUUCAUGAGUUGAAAAGUUCUGCCAAUCUGCUUUCUGUUGUCGAGUCCUGGCUCCGGUCUGAAACCAGGCAUGAGAAAAAGAAACCCACCAACCCUCCUGCUCAAAACCAAAAGACCUCUCCCUUUGGUACUUCUCCAUUUAUGUCAUCCAGACACAUGGCAUAUUACCGAUGAUCUUCUCAAAUUAAUUUUUCUUUUACUUCCAAUUUCAAAUUCAAAGUUAAACAUGCAAGAAAGUUGGGUAAUCAAUCAAGUGAAGGCAUCAUUACAAAUGAUGGAAAUCCAAAGACACCCAGGAGGCCAGGACUUCCAAAAAAAAAAAAAAAGAGGAAAAAUGUAGUUGUUCGAUCACUAUUGAAUUGUUGAUGUCUGGAUAUAUACCUGAAUACCUGAUAGUUCAAAUAACACUGAAAUUCUCUUUCCCAUGGCUGUCUGCUGAAAUGGGGUUAGCUCAUUACAGAUAGGAAAAACUACCGGCUUUUGGUCAGGUGGUGGUAUAAAAGGUAAAUUCCAACUAGUGUUCCCUGAGCAAGUGUUGUUUGUAAUCAUUACCACGUUAGUAAUAAGAAAUAGCUUUGAGAUUGAUUUAUUGUAGUUGAAACUGGUUAAAUGCCUUAGAUAUAAAGAUUUUUUAAUCUUUCCCUA